CUCUGGUUCAUCGAGGUUACGUCUCAGAAAGCUUGCAUCCAUUAACAGUUUCCCCACUGUGUCGAGAUGGUAUAGUAUCACAUCCAAGCGGAAGAAUGAAGGCAAGUUCAUCUCCAUGUAGGGCAAUUGGCAGCAGCCCAGAAGCCGUCAAUGGAUACGCAAGCCAUCCUAACCUACUCCCAGAUCCGAAGAAGGAGCGGGUCGUAAUCCUCGGCUCCGGCUGGGCGGGCUACGCCUUCGCGCGCAAGCUCGACCCGGCAAAGUACGAGCGCAUCGUCAUCUCGCCGCGCUCCUACUUCGUCUUCACCCCGCUGCUGGCCUCCACAGCGGUCGGCACGCUCGAGUUCCGAGCCGUGCUCGAGCCCGUACGCCGCGCCGGCGUUGCCUUCUACCAAGGCUGGGCCGACGAUAUUGACUUCUCACGGAAGACCAUCCGCGUCGAGGCUAACGCCACGGAUGACCUGUCCAACCGGCCCGUCCCGUUGGCAGAUCCCCCGAAGCCCGAAGGAGGAGCCACAGCUGAGGGCAUGCCCCGGCCUCACCCGCCCCGACCGCCGAAGGGCCAGGACCGGCAGCCCGAAGAUACCGCCAUGUUCGACGUCGCCUACGAUAAGCUCGUCGUGGCUGUCGGCGCGUACAGCCAGACCUUCGGCAUCGAAGGCGUGAGGCAGCACGCGCACUUCCUGCGUGACAUCGGCGACGCGCGGCGCAUCCGGCUGCGCGUGCUCUCGCUGUUCGAGCAGUGCUCGUACCCCACCGGCAGCGGCGGCGGGGGCACGCCGCUGACUCAGGAGGACAAGCGGUCGCUCCUACACUUCGCCAUCGUGGGCGGCGGGCCGACGGGCAUCGAGUUCGCGGCCGAGCUGCACGACCUGAUCCACGAGGACCUCGCAACCAUCUACCCCGAGCUGCUGCCGCUCGUGUCCAUCAGCGUGUACGACAUCGCCCCCAAGGUACUGCCCAUGUUUGACCAGGCCCUCGCCCGCUACGCCAUGGACAUCUUUGCCCGCCAGGGCAUCGCCGUCAAGACGGAGCAUCACCUGCAGCGCGUGCGGCUCGCUGACGGCCACCUCGGGGAUGAGCACGGGAUGCUGCGGGUCAGGAUCAAGGAGUACGGCGACGAGGAGGUCGGCGCCGGCCUGGUGGUCUGGAGCACGGGCCUGAUGCAGAACCCGCUGGUGGAGAAGUUAGUCUCCAAGUCCUUCGCGGCCGGCAAGGGGCAGGGGGAGAGAGAGGAGGAGUCGCACCUGCUCAAGGAUCCCAAGACGGGCGGCAUAGUGACGGACCCGUACCUCCGGGCGCGCACGACCACGGCGGCGGGGCGAACGGCCGACUCGCCAGCCACCGGCGUCCUGGACGACGUGUUCGUAAUCGGCGAUUGCGCCGUCAUCGAGAGCCUGGGCGAGGGCGAGGCCGGGGGCCCACCCACGGUGGCGCUCCCCAAGACGGCGCAGGUGGCGUCGCAGCAGGCGCGGCACCUAGCCGUGCAGCUCAACGCGGGCGACGCGGCGCGCAGGGCGUUCCGGUACCGCGACUGGGGCACGCUGACGUACCUGGGCGGCCGCAAGGCCAUCCACCAGAGCAGCGCCGACGAGCUGCGCGGCUGGGUCGCCUGGAUCGUCUGGCGCGGCGCGUACCUGACCGCCAGCAUGAGCGUGAGGAACAAGAUCAUGGUGCCCGUGUACUGGGCCAUAUCGUGGAUGUUUGGGCGGGACAUAUCGCGGUUUUGAGGAGGGGAGGGAUGGGCAGGGGAUGGGCUAAAUUGGUGCAUUGCAUUCCUCGCGGUGUUCUAGGGGGGUGAUGGCGUCGGAAAUGUAAAAAAAGCAGGUGUUUGUCAGAUAUUCUACCCAUCUACAUAAUUGUAACAUAGAAACCCUACUCAUAGAAGAUGCAUACUAGACGCAAGCUACGGCGUGGUGAUUUAUCUCAAUCCGCCCUCCAUUACGAUCAGUUGCCUGUUCUACAUGCUAGUAGAGGUGCUAUUAACAUAAGAUACA